CCCAAACGGGUACCUGAAAAUAAGAGCUUAAAAAAAAGGUGCACACAAACACCUUUCCUCGACUUCCACCAACGCUCUCCUCUUCUUUCUUUUUCUCAUCGCCAUCCCCAUCUCCCUCCCCCCUUCAUCAUCCCACGCAUAAACAGUAAUUCAAUGCUGGCACGGAACCACAAUGACCUCUCCGCGAGACAUCACCUAGACAGCAACAACACCUCCCCCGCCAGCUCUCAGACUCACGCUCCCUAUCGACCCCACCGUGCCAAGAGAGCUAUUCCAGACCCCACUGGUGCCUCCCCACUGCGGCCAUCUCUCUCGCAGCUCUCGCUCUUCGACGAUCAUUCAUCUGUAACCCAUGUCUCCCUGCCCUCAUCCCCCUCCACCGCCUCACUCGCCAGCAGUCUGGCCGAGGCACGCCCGCUCGAAUCAGGCAUCGAUCUCCAGGAGGCUCCAAGGCCCCUCAACAGGAGAUCGAAUCGGGAUUUCAGAGUCAUCCCUGCUGCAGAGAUCGAGGUCAUGAACGAGACCAAUCUUCAGGAGAGCAUCCGGCACAGCAAGAGCGCGCAAAAGAAUACUCGUCAACAGCAACAACAACCACAACCACAACAGCAAAAGGACGCCUCUGUGUGCGGUGCACAGUACCAGCCAUUGCAACUGCAGCUGCAAUCUGGGCAAUCUGGGAGCAAAUUGAACGAUAAGAGCCCCAUUCUGGAGGUUGAUGAAGAGGAGAGCUACUUUGGAGACAUCCUCGACAAGUACUGUAACAACUCGGACGACGACCCCACCUCGCCUAUCACCGCCUCACCGACCUCCCCCUUCUCGAAGGCACCAGGAUGGAAGACCUUUAACUCACCGCAGCCCCCGACCCCACCAGUCUCACGCUCCUUCAAUCUCCCAGAGACCUUCGCUCCUCCAAGGCGAGAGAGAACAGGAGCUGGUGCCCCUACUCCAUCAUCCACGAGAAACAGCAAGCCUUCCUCGUCAUCCGGGCUGUCAUCCCAGGAUUCCAGUCAUCUCUAUCAGGAACGCAGCUGGAACAACAGCAACCCUGGCAUUUCCUCGGCAUCAUCGUCGCCCAUAAAUGCAGCCUCUGCAAAGCUCCAUAUGUAUCAGCACGCUUCUACCGCCAGCGACAGUCGUGAAUCACUUACAAAGUUGAAUGCAUCCUCUUCAACAAGUAGCGCGCGAGCUUAUACAAAGAGACUACCACCGCCUCCUAAAGACGUCGCUACCGAAUCUUUCUCAAAGAACGCCUCGGACUCAUCAUCACCUGUCUAUCCCACAAGAGGAUCUUCAUCUUCGGCGCCACCUUCGUCACAUCAACAGGAAACAAGAAGUACUGGUCGUAGUCAUCCUCAAAAUCACCAUCAUCUUGAUCAAAGAGAAACCAGACCGGAGCCUCCUCCUAAGGACAUUUCUCGACGCAUUCACAACACCAAUAGUAACAGCACUGGUAAAGCCGCGACCACCGCCAGUAACGAUAGCAGCAGUAACAUCAGUUCUCAGCCGCCAAAGCUCUCUCUGGAUACUCAUCCGUCAGGACACUUUAACAGCUUUUCGGACGUGGUGGAGGCUUCAAUAAGCCAACGCAAGGGUCCAUCAUCUGCUACUAGUCCAACAUCUAUGUUGUCUUAUAAGCAAGAGCCACUAUCGCAACCAUACGCGCACCAUCAGUCAUCACCUCGCCCAAGGACCAACUCCACACAAACCCACUCGAGUACUACAUCGUCUCAGGGAACGAGUCGAUCUUUGACGCAGCAAUCACACCAGGCUUAUGGUCAAAGUGGAUGGAACGAACAAGAACAGAAUCAACGAUACAAUCAGGGACAUGGGCAGGGCCAAGGACAGGAUAGAGGCCAGGGCUCGCGAGAUCAAAGUCGUCAUGGACAUCAUGGCUACGAUCAAGAUCGCCAUGCCCAACAUUAUCAGUCCCACCAACACCAGAAGCAGCACCCACACUCCCAGCAUCAGGAUGGUCUCCAUCGCAUGCACGGAUCAACGUCGCAGCUGGAUUUGACAGCAUCAGGUAGACAGCCAUCUGCCUACCCUGCGUCAGUCCCAUCCCGGUCAUCCAGUCAGCCUACUCCUUUUCUGAAUGAGCGCGCCAGAUCCUAUAGCCAGGGAUCAGUCUCCACCACCUCGUCAGCAACACGAUCUGGAUACCCAGGAUCCUCCCGUGGGCUCAAAUCAGCUCUGGUCAAGACCCCUAUUGCCCGCGCCAGAGCCAAAGAGGUGCAUGGACCACGCAAGGUGCUCUUUGGCGAGAUGAUCACUGUGGUGACGAUCGAGCGCGCAGAGACACCUCCUCCGGCCCCACCCCUGGACAAGAAGGCGAAAAAGAAGCUGAUUCAGGCCAAGAAGAGCGCCAGCAAGAAUGGCAAGGGUGGUCAAAUGCAAAACUUUGAUCCCGAGUACAACGCCGCGUACUUUAAUUCGCCCUAUACCCCUACACCUGCCGAAGUCGUGGUCACGCUCGCGCCCUGGAUCGGAAACCCGAAUUAUGAUGAGGAGAAACAAAAUUCGAAGUUUUAUUACGACGAUGAAUACGAUCACGAGUACGACGAUGAGGAAUACGAGGCCCCAUACCAGUCUGACAUUCGAUUGGGCCCUGAAGACGAUGAAGACGACGAGGACGAGGAUGAUGAGGACGAGGACGAGGACGAAGAGUACAGGGCUCGCGCCUGGGGCCAUGGCAUUGCAGGUCCAGGAGGAGCACUGCCAAAGAAGAAGGGAGGCAUGUUCAAGUUCAAGCGAGCGGUGAACAAGCUGCUCCACAAUUAGAAAGCUGCCAU